UUCUCUUCCCCCUCCUUCUGCAUUCUUAGUAUCUUUUAGGGACUUGGGUCUAGUGUUAGCCAUACAAUUAAGCAGUGGGAAGCUCCUCCUCCCUUAGCCUUGCUUAAAGCUGACUGGUCCCUUGACUCUUCCUUGUUUUCGUGGUUUGUUUCUGGGCCUUGGUUAUUGGGGGGUAAGUGAGCAUGAGUGUAGAAAUAGGAUAAUUUCCCCCUAUAUGCACAUGUCCUCAGCCCUGUCCUCCCUGACUUGACUUGGAUGUAAAGUAAAAGAAGUGGCUGACUAACCAGGGUUUGUAGUUCUCAGGAAAUAAUGUAACUCCAUCUUUCCGGAGGUUAUCAGUGCCUAGAAUACAAUGCAAGGCCCCUGGUAUGUUGCGGGGUAGGGACAAAGUUUCUGCUCAGGAUGAUACAGAUUUUGCAUUGUACAACUUCCAGGGGCACCAUUCACCUCAUAGUCUUUAUGUGACUACAGCCAUUUUCUUGCAAGUGGCAGCCAGGUGUCUUGAGGAAGGAACACUUUUUUCUAAUGUACAGAGUUGCACUGAGUGCUCGUCUUGGAGCUGAGGGAGGGGGGAGUAUAGAACACACACGAAAAGUGUAGAUUCCACGAAAAUUUGCUGAGCGCCCUACUCUAGGCCAGGUAUUUAGCCACGGGGAUUCAUGGUAAACAGUUUUGUACUUAAGAACUGCUUUGUCUAGUAAGGGUGACAUAAUUCUAAUACAUACCACAAAGGUUGACAGUUAAUCACUGGUUCUCAGGGAAACAGGUGGGCAGUGUCAGGACAUCAGGGAAGGCUUCUUAGAGACAGUGAUUUCUAAACAAUAAUAGAUUGGUGGGUGAAGUGUUGCAGGCUCAAAGCCUCUGAGAUGAACCUAGAUGGCUGGAAGCAGAGCCCUAGGGGGUCCAGAGAGGGAGAAAGCUAUAGAGAGAUGCCUAGAUGGAAGGUGAAGGGAAGCAUCCAUUAGCCUGUUAGAGACUGUAACUGUACUCACUUUACCUUCCAGCAGCUUCCACCUGACAACGUUAUGCAUUAGAAGAGAAGCAGCCUUUGGGUGUUUGACAGGGUGGAAGUUUGAAGUCCAGAGCUAGAUAAUAACUACAAAACUCUGUCCCUGAUUCUGGGGGAAGCUCUCAGAAAAAAGCUGCAGAGUUACCAAAGAAAAUGGUCCGCUGGUACCCACCCCUUCCAGUCCUAGUUACUGUUGAGAAGAGAUGAAAAGUGGGGGACGUUUGGGGAGGACCAGUGAGAAGAAAGGCUCUGGUUGUAUGCCCAAAGGGCUUGGCUGGCCUUGGGUAGAAACUGGAACCCAUACAUCAUACUGGAUGAUAGCAGAGGACAAUGGCCUGCCAGGAUAGGCUUUGGGACAGUAAAGAUCCAAUUCAAGUAUCAGAGGAGGGUGGUUUGGUGCCAAGCUUAGGUUUGGGAGUAGAAGGAUGCUUAUUCAGGCAGCUACGGACUGAAAAGCUGCUAGGAAUUCUUAGACAGGUGCCUGCCCAGUUUCCAGGAUGGGACACACUUCAAUGGACCAGCGGUGACCGACUAGAGCCCCCGCCCCGGUGGGAGGGGGAGGGACGGUCCUGGGAGAAGGGCGGGGGGCGGGGCCAGGGGCCACUUAAGGCGGGGCCGGGGAGUUCUGGCAGCGCAGGAGCCGGGCAGCAGAGCCAGGCUGGGCUGGCACUCACCCACGACCCCCCUUCCCUGCUAUGAUGGCCCAUCAGUAGCAGGUUCCAGACCCCCCGGGGGCAUGUGGGCAGAGCCAGCGGCAGCCAGGUGCGCAGAGCCACAAGAGCUCUAGGGCACUCUGGGGGCAGCUCUGCCUGCUGGGCUCUCUGGUGCCUAGGGAAAUGCCCAACUGACGGGCGAGCUAGUGAGGACAAGAACGUUCCCUGUGGCCUGAGUCCUCUGCAUCCAUGGCGCUGCCGGCCAGGCUUGUGCCCCUGUGCUGCUUGGCGCUUCUGGCGCUGCCUGCCCAGAGCUGCGGGCCGGGCCGGGGACCGGUUGGCCGGCGCCGCUACGUGCGCAAGCAGCUCGUGCCGUUGCUCUACAAGCAAUUUGUGCCCAGCAUGCCCGAGCGGACCCUAGGCGCCAGUGGGCCGGCAGAGGGGAGAGUGGCAAGGGGCUCCGAGCGCUUCCGGGACCUGGUGCCCAACUACAACCCGGACAUCAUCUUCAAGGAUGAGGAGAACAGUGGUGCAGACCGCCUGAUGACCGAGCGCUGUAAGGAGCGGGUGAACGCGCUGGCCAUUGCCGUGAUGAACAUGUGGCCCGGAGUGCGCCUACGGGUGACCGAGGGCUGGGACGAAGAUGGCCACCAUGCUCAGGACUCACUCCACUACGAAGGUCGUGCCUUGGACAUCACCACGUCCGACCGCGACCGCAAUAAGUAUGGGUUGCUGGCGCGGCUAGCAGUGGAAGCCGGCUUCGACUGGGUCUACUACGAGUCCCGCAACCACGUCCACGUGUCGGUCAAAGCCGAUAACUCACUGGCGGUCAGGGCAGGCGGCUGCUUUCCGGGAAAUGCCACCGUGCGCCUGCGAAGCGGAGAGCGGAAGGGCCUGCGGGAACUGCACCGCGGAGACUGGGUGCUGGCUGCAGACGCGGCAGGCCGGGUGGUGCCCACGCCCGUGCUGCUCUUCCUGGACCGGGACUUGCAGCGCCGGGCCUCUUUCGUGGCUGUGGAGACCGAGCGGCCCCCGCGCAAGCUGUUGCUCACGCCCUGGCACCUGGUGUUCGCCGCUCGGGGGCCAGCGCCCGCACCGGGCGACUUUGCGCCGGUGUUCGCGCGCCGGCUGCGGGCGGGGGACUCGGUGCUGGCGCCCGGCGGGGACGCGCUUCGGCCGGCACGCAUAGCCCGCGUGGCGCGCGAGGAAGCAGUUGGCGUGUUCGCGCCGCUCACAGCACACGGGACGCUGCUGGUCAACGACGUCCUGGCCUCGUGCUACGCGGUUCUGGAGAGUCAUCAGUGGGCGCACCGCGCUUUCGCUCCUUUGCGCCUGCUACACGCGCUGGGGGCGCUGCUUCCCGGCGGGGCCGUCCAGCCGACUGGCAUGCACUGGUACUCUCGGUUCCUCUAUCGCUUGGCGGAGGAGCUGCUGGGCUGAGCGCGGCGGACCCAGAAACCCAGAGGCGCCUGCUGAAACCGGGGCGUUCGGGCUGAGAUCUGGGGAUGUGGGCAGCAGAGGAGGCUGACUGCGGGGGGAGGAAGGGAUAGGGGAAAAAAUGGAGGCGAGACUGGACUGCUUGGUUUAGGGGCAACCUCCAGCUGAGAGGAGAUCCUGGUCCUAGGUAGACGGGGUUGAUGGUGGGUACUCCCUGACGAGGACUAUUUCACCUCUUCCCGAGUGCCUCGGCCCCACCCGAUUAUUUUAUUUUAUUUUCUAUUUAUAAAUUGUAAUAUAAUGAUCUGCUUGCCCCGCCUGACAAGGUGAGGGGCCAGGGCACGGCGUUAACACUGUCUGACACAGCCAGCCAAUCUGACGUCUGACAUUUUCCUACAGGUGGGCUAAUAAAGGGAAGGCUUGCAGGA